AUGGAUACCACGCCCUACAGUGACCACGCUUCAAGGCCUUCUUUCACCGCUCCGCCGACGACUCCCACUGGCAAGAACUCUCCGUUCAUAAAUCCUCGUCGUAAGUACAAACGGCGAGGUACUGGCUCCAUCUCCGACACCAAAAGCGAAGGCUCAGAAGAUGAGGCAGGUUCCUCCAUGUCAGAAUCCGAAGAACACGAAUUAGGGCUGUUGGAAUCAGAUGUGGAUGCCGACGAUGACGGAGAAAGCGGGUUGAACAAACAUGAAAGACGCAAAUAUCUCAAAGGAAAGAGGCGGCGUGAUGGACUCGAUGCGAGGAUCGCUGGUACAACAGGCAUAUCCGAGGAUGAGGCGCGGGAGGCCGACAAAAAUGUCGUCCGCAACCUGGUCAUCAAUGCCGUCCUCAUCGGCCUGUGGUAUUUCUUCUCUCUGGCCAUAUCCAUUUACAAUAAGAUGAUGUUCUCAUCCGAUCACCUCGAUUUCCACUUUCCGCUCUUCGCAACCUCGUUACACAUGGUCGUUCAAUUCAUCUUGGCCUCAUGCAUCCUUUUGAUAUUCCCCUCCUUACGACCGUCGCAGCCUCAUUCGCAGAUAUAUGGAAACGAAGCACAGCCCUCCAAACCGCUAGUCACCCCUCUAUUCUAUUUCACCCGACUAGUGCCCACUGGGACGACGACAUCCCUCGACAUUGGCCUGGGCAACACCUCACUUCGCUUCAUCACCUUAACAUUCUACACCAUGUGUAAAUCCUCAGUCUUGAUCUUCGUUCUUGUGUUCGCCUUCCUCUUCCGGCUGGAAAAGCCCUCUCUCAAACUAAUACUCAUCAUCCUCACCAUGACCUUUGGAGUUCUCAUGAUGGUGGCCGGCGAAACGGCUUUUCAUGCUCUCGGCUUCGCGUUGGCCAUGUCCGCAUCCUUCUUUUCAGGCUUCCGAUGGGCCUUGACUCAAAUCCUUCUUCUCCGCCAUCCUGCAACCUCCAAUCCAUUUGCCACGAUGUUUUUCAUCGCUCCCAUCAUGUUUGUCACGCUGUUCUUCAUAGCAUGCGUCUCCGAAACCCCACCCGCUGUCAUCACAGGCAUUACCCUCCUGGUUAGGGAACACGGGAUCGUCAAAGCUCUGCUUCUGUUGGUUGUUCCGGGAUGCAUUGCGUUCUGCAUGAUCGCAAGCGAGUUCACUUUACUCCAACGCACCAGUGUCGUCACCCUCAGUAUCUGUGGCAUCUUCAAAGAAGUGGUUACCAUUAGUGCCGCGGGCAUUGUGUUCCAUGACGAGCUGUCUAUGGUUAACAUUACUGGGUUGAUCAUCACAAUCAUCAGCAUUGCCAGCUACAACUACUUGAAGAUUGUCAAAAUGAGGGAAGAGGCGAGGGAGAAGCUGAAGAAGAAGGAUGAGGAGCAGUAUCGCGAGUUGGAUGAUGAAGAUGAUGAUGAGGUCAGCAAUACUGCAGCGGCAGAUUUCACGUCACUCCAUGAUGCCAAUAAUGCAGCACGCGACCUUACGGGCUCUGGCUCAGGUUCGAGAUCCGAACCCAUUCCGAACAGCGCUCUGGGUCCGUCAGCGAAGAGAAAGGAAAACAUAGAAUAG